CCAUAUUAAAAACCCCUCUUCACUUGUCUUCAUCUCUCUAUCUAUUGUCUUGUCUCUCUCUCUCUCGUUUUCUUUUUUUCUUUUUUACUUUUCUCAACUCCAAUUUGCUCUUGUGUGGAAGCGGGAUUGAGACAGUAGAGUAAUGGAGAGUAGUAAUAUUGAACAAGGUGGGAGGAGGAAGAUAUGCAGGGAGAUGAGCCCAGAUAGGGCUAAAAUGUGUAUGAUGAGACCCACAUUCAAGAAAGUUCAAGUGGUCUACUACCUCUCAAGAAAUGGCCAUCUUGAGCACCCACAUUACAUGGAAGUCACUCAUCUUGCCCAUCAACAACUCCGCUUAAAAGAUGUUAUGGAGAGGUUAGCAGUCCUGAGAGGCAAAGGCAUGCCUUCACUCUACUCCUGGUCCUGCAAAAGGAGCUACAAGAAUGGGUAUGUGUGGAAUGAUUUGUCUGAAAAUGAUGUCAUUUUUCCAUCAGAAGGAGCUGAGUAUGUGCUCAAAGGAUCUGAAUUAGUUCUCGGUUGCACUGAGAAGCUGGUGCAACUUCAAUUUGGCAAUGUUCAGAACCAGCAGGUUGCCCAAGACCCAAACUUCCACCCAAAGCGCAAAUCCUUAGCUUCAAAACGACGGCCCCAACACUACGAAACCUUCGAUAACCAGUACCAUGCAGCAGAGGAAGAACAAGAACAUGAACAAGAACACAAAGCAAUCUACGCAAGCUGCUCAAAGGGUGUCUCAACGGAAGAAAUAUUCGGACAAAAAUCCACACAAAAGAACAACGUUGUUAACCCCACAGAACUCACUCUUGAAACCCAUUCCUUCUCAUCCCAUAAAUCAACCACCUCUACCAGCACUACUCUCUCCGACGCCGACGACAACCGAAAUUCCAAGAGAUUCGGCGACUGCGGCGAUGAUCCCGUCGGGAACGAGCCGCUCUUGAGCAGAAACUCGAUGCUGUUCAGCCUCAUUGCCUGCGGUGGUUCCGGGUCGUUCAGGAAGACUCUGCCGCCGCCGGCUGUGGAGGAACCGUGCACGGUGGGUAGGAAGAGCUGCAGCGGGGGCAGUCUUCUGCUUAAAGGGGUGGUUCGCAAGGCGGCGGCCGAGAGGGUGGCGGUGGAGGAGGAUGAAAUGAUGAUCAGGUACAUGUCGGAGAAUCCGAGGUUCGGGAACUUGCAGUCGGAGGAGAAGGAGUUUUUCAGUGGGAGCAUCGUGGAGGCGAUGGCUACUGAGGAGAGAGUUGGGGCUGAUCAGCCUGGAUUGAAGAAAUCUUCUUCCUAUAAUCAAGAAAGGAGCAGCAAGGCUGGGGUAGGAGAAAUCGCAAAUGAACAAGUGAAGAAAGAAAAAGGAGUGAAAGGGAAAUGCAUUCCUAGGAAGAAGUCCUCCUCCAAACACUCCAAAAAGUGAUCAUUUAUGAUGUGAUAAAAAAUAACAACGGGCUCUUAUAAAAUUUGUCAUAAUUAUAAGUACGUUUUUUUGUUAUUUGAAAAUAUUAUAAGUAUCUUGCAAGAAUUAACCGUUUUCUAACAAAUAUCCUCUUGUGAUAGCUCAUUGUAAGGGAAAUUUGUUAGACGACCAUUACUUUGAGGGGGAUAUUUAUAAUAUUUUAAGCAACAAACGAGUAUUUAUAUUUAUGCCAAAUUUUCAAAAAGCAGGUUAUAAUUUUGAUUUCAUAAUGAAUAUGCAAUUGCUCAUUUAUUGCAAGUUUAGGACAAUGUAGUUUAAUGUGGGAUAUAUUGUGCUCAUCUACUUUGCUUUAACUGUUAGCAGCUGCCUUAGUUGUAAAAAUUUAAGUUGAUGAUCAUAGGAGUGGUGUGUCUGUAUGUAUAGUUAUGGUUGUGGGUUGUGGUUAAUUUAGGGCAUGCAUAUGGGGAAUGUUGGUGAGCUCUUUUAAGCAGAAAAUUUAACUAUGUCGUGUAAGUUGAAUGUUUUAUUUCAAAUUUUAUUGUUUUUUU